CAUACGCCAAAGACCAAGGUAGUCAAAAGGAGGAAGUAGAGUAAACCACACAUGUCCCAUGUACUGUGAUAUCUAGAGCAGACCUGCAGUGAUAGUAGAAGUGGAUAGCUGGUUUUUGAAGUGGUUCCACCAUGAGACCCAACUACUGCCUGACCAUCCUUCAUGUGUCCAUCUUAGCGGCGCUCCUCAUCACUUUGGAUGCUGAUGGUGACGAUUCAGAUUGUGAAGUUGAAGUUAAAGUACGCCGUAACACGGUUUAUGGAGUUGCCCUUGGAGGAGACCUUGAGAUUCACUGCACUGUUGCUUUCUGCACCUAUCCACCACCAACAGUCUCCUGGUAUAAACUUGAUAAAACAUUUGUCCCUGUCAACGUCAGAAGCAGCAGUCACAUUAAAACGAAGUGGGAACUUUUAGAUCGUUUAGAAGGGAGGUCGUUGUUGAUCUUUCAAAAGAUACUCAGAAGCGACUCAGGUUUGUAUCAGUGUGGAAGUGGAAGCAGUCUCAGUCAUAACAUUAACGUCACUGUCAUUGGUGAGUAUGAUUUUCUACACAGAAAGACUAAACCUAUACAUGACUGAAGCUGU